AUGAUUAAAUUUAUUGCAAUUGCUCCUUUGGGAUUAAUAAUAAUUGUUAAUUUCGCCACAAUUUUGGUGAAAGGACAAUUACCUCCAGAUGUAAAGAAAUGUAAAUAUGAAGAUGAACAAUGUUUUAUUGAACAAUUUAAUUAUGUGUUAUCAAAUAAAAAAAAUGGUGAUAGAUCAAUGAACUUAGUUAGUUUAGAACCAUUGGAGAUUACAUCGAUUUCAAUACAACAGCCAUCUGGUAGUGUUACAAUAGAUUUGAGAUUUUUUAAUAGUAAAUUACAUGGAUUAUCAGAAGCAAGAUUAUUUAGUGCUAAGGGACUUCACAAAGACAUUACAAAACCAUGUGAAUUUCGUGCUAAAGGUGAUACAAUAAUGCUUAUUGGUGAUUAUAAAAUUGAUGGACGUGUUCUAUUUUUACCGAUAUCCGGUGGUGGUGCUGCUAAUAUGACAAUAAGAGAUUAUGAAUUUAAAUUGAAAUAUGAUGGUACAUUUGUUGAAAAGAAAGGUAAAAAACAUGGUAAAGUUCGUAAAUUAGUUGCCGAUUUAAAAAUUGGAGAUCUUGAUAUUGAUUUCGAAAAUCUUUUUAAUGGUAAUAAACAAUUAAGUGAUAAUAUGAAUGUAUUUUUAAAUGAAAAUUGGCGUGAAAUAUGGAAUGAAGUUAAAAAAUCAGCAAUUGGAGCAUUUGAAAGUGUUUUUAGAACAUUAAUUGAUAAUACAUUUAGUAAAUUGCCAUAUGAUGAAUUAUUUUCUGAGUAA